UUGUGACGCAGGCGCCUCGGGGUUUUGCGCGGGAAAAGGGAAGCAGUUUGGACUUCUAGCCAGUGUCCCUGAGGUCCGCUUUUUUCGUGGAGUCCGCCGUCAGCUCCGCACCUCUGCCAGCCAUGGGGCUGCUGGAGCUGUGCGAGGAAGUGUUCGGCACAGCCGACCUUUACCAAGUGUUGGGUGUGCGGCGUGAGGCCUCGGACGGCGAGGUCCGACGCGGCUACCACAAGGUGUCCCUGCAGGUACACCCGGACCGGGUGGGCGAGAGCGGCAAGGAGGACGCCACCCGCCGCUUCCAGAUCCUCGGGAAAGUCUAUUCUGUUUUGAGUGACAAAGAGCAGAGAGCAGUGUACGAUGAGCAGGGAACGGUGGACGAGGAUUCUGAUGUGCUCAAUCAAGAUCGAGACUGGGAAACGUAUUGGAGGUUACUCUUUAAAAAGAUAUCUUUAGAAGACAUUCAAGCUUUUGAAAAGACAUACAAAGGUUCUGAAGAAGAGCUGGCUGAUGUUAAACAGGCCUAUCUGGACUUCAAGGGGGACAUGGAUCAGAUCAUGGAGUCUGUGCUGUGUGUACAGUAUACAGAAGAACCCAGGAUAAGGAACAUUCUUCAGCAGGCCAUCGAUGCCGGAGAGGUCCCUUCAUAUAAUGCCUUUGUCAAAGAAUCGAAGCAAAAGAUGAAUGCAAGGAAAAGGAGGGCGCAGGAAGAGGCUAAAGAAGCAGAAAUGAGCAGGAAGGAGUUGGGACUUGAUGAAGGAGUAGAUAACUUGAAAGCAGUCAUUCAGAGCAGACAAAAGGAUCGACAAAAGGAAAUGGACAAUUUUCUGGCUCAGAUGGAAGCAAAGUACUGCAAGCCUUCCAAACGAGGAGGGAAAAAAACAGCUCUCAAGAAAGAAAAGAAAUAAUGGAACUUUCUCUUCAAAAGUCGUUAGGUAUUAAUUGGUGCCAUUAUAGGCAAGGUACAGUCAAGAUUUGAAGACAAAAGUUAAUCCAACCCUUGAGAAGAGUUGUCUUUACUGCUUAAAUUAUUCAGAUUUAUUAUGUAACCCAGAAUCUCUCAACCUGAUCUUAGUAUAUUCUAGAAAUCCCAACUUUCUGUGAAGUCCUCAAAGGAAAGAAUUUGGUGGUGAUAAUUGAGGGAAGAGGAGGAGGUUGGUAUACUUCCAGACAGCACUUCUUUCUGUGGAUCUUCUGUACAAGAAACUCUUAUCUAGAAUGCUGGUCUGUCCUUUACCAGUUGUCAUUUUGCCACACAGGAGUGAGCUGCAGAGUAUUCAGAGUGAUGUGCAUGUUUAUUAGGACAGGUACUGUACCUAGUUAGAAUGCCUUCAAAACACUGGCUGGACAUCUGUCUUCCAAAUACUUGACAGUUUGCUUUUAGUCUUAAUAUUCUCGAAUAUACCCUCUGUCCUUUUUGUUUUACUCAACCAGGCUCUGUACUCUUUGCUUGAAGUACAAAAUAAACAGGUGUUCACAUUACUUCAGGCAUCUUUAUAAGACUUAUACAUGAUUAAAUAAACAAGUAAAAAAAUGACAAGUUUUAAUUUAUCAUUGGUAUACUUCAUUUGUAAAAUUUAAUAAUAAAAAUAGCCCAGUGAUCAUUUAAAAUAUGAUCUAGAAAAAAUACGAAUGGUGUUUAGAGAAGAGAGAAGAAAAGUCCUAGUCAGCAUUACAGGAGUUAGCCCAGUUUAAGUAGCAUAAAGAGAUGUUGUAAUACUGCCUGAAUGUCAUUAAGCAGGUCACUGAACUUGUUGGAACUUGUUUUCUCAUUUAUGAAAGGGCUGAUGGAUUUUGGGUAAAUGACUUCUUAGAGGCACUUUCCGACUCUUAACUCUAACUUUGAAAGGCAAGCCAUCUUGAUCCAGUGGUUUUUUUUUAUUGUGCACACAUGGCAUUGAUUUCUGAGAAUAGUACAUAUAUUUUCACUUUAACAUUUAGUUGAAUUGGUAUGUAUUUAUUACAAUAUAUGAAAGUUUUGUAGGGACUGUUCAAUUUAAAAUCUGAUUUGUAGGCUAAUAUAGUCAAUACCAUAUGCAUAAAACAAGCCUUCUGUUACUAAGCUUUAUGUAUCAAUUUAUGUGAGGUAAGCAUGUGACACGUUUUCAGUUUGUGAUUACAAACAGGUUAAAAAAUACUCUUCAAUUGUAUUAAAAAUAUAAUUUAAUGCAGGUUGCUUGAA